CGCCUCGAAGCACGGUGGGAACCGGGUGGGCUCUCGCGGGACAGGACGCAGACCACUCACCGGUCCCGCUGGAGCUGCGGCGCUGGCCACCGCACUCGCUCCGGAGGGAGGAGGCUUCAGUGGUUCUGCACGCGCACCCUUGGAAACCUCAGGUUCCAUGAUGGAGUUUGAACAUUACCUCAAGAGGUUUCAUAUUUCGGAUUUGUGAAUCAUAUUUACCCUCUGCUGAGAACUUUGAAACUUCAGACUCAAUUUCUGUCCUUCAAGACAUUAAAUGCAGAGGGGUUGUACCAUGGACUACAAGGAGAGCUGCCCAAGUGUAAGCAUUCCCAGCUCUGACGAACACAGAGAGAAAAAGAAGAGGUUCACGGUUUAUAAGGUUCUGGUCUCCGUGGGCAGAAGUGAGUGGUUUGUCUUCAGGAGAUACGCAGAGUUUGACAAACUUUACAAUUCUUUAAAGAAACAGUUUCCUGCUAUGGCUCUGAAGAUUCCUGCCAAGAGAAUAUUUGGUGAUAACUUUGACCCAGAUUUUAUUAAACAAAGAAGAGCAGGAUUGAAUGAGUUCAUUCAGAACUUAGUCAGAUACCCAGAGCUUUACAACCAUCCAGAUGUCCGAGCCUUCCUUCAAAUGGACAGCCCAAGACAUCAGUCAGAUCCAUCUGAAGAUGAGGAUGAAAGAAGUACUCCGAAGCCACAUUCUACCUCACGGAACAUCAACCUGGGACCAACUGGAAAUCCUCAUGCUAAACCAACUGACUUCGAUUUUUUAAAAGUUAUUGGAAAGGGCAGCUUUGGCAAGGUUCUUCUUGCAAAACGGAAACUGGAUGGAAAAUUUUAUGCUGUCAAAGUGUUACAGAAAAAAAUCGUUCUCAACAGAAAAGAGCAAAAACAUAUUAUGGCUGAACGCAAUGUGCUCUUGAAAAAUGUGAAGCACCCAUUUUUGGUUGGAUUGCACUAUUCUUUCCAAACAACUGAAAAGCUUUAUUUUGUUCUGGAUUUUGUUAAUGGAGGAGAGCUCUUCUUUCACCUGCAAAGGGAAAGGUCUUUCCCUGAACCCAGAGCGAGGUUUUACGCUGCGGAGAUCGCCAGUGCCUUGGGCUACCUGCACUCCAUCAAAAUAGUGUACAGAGACUUGAAGCCAGAAAAUAUUCUUUUGGAUUCAAUGGGACAUGUUGUCUUAACGGAUUUUGGGCUUUGCAAAGAAGGAAUCGCUAUUUCUGAUACCACCACAACUUUCUGUGGUACGCCAGAGUACCUUGCACCUGAAGUAAUCAGAAAGCAGCCCUACGACAACACUGUGGACUGGUGGUGCCUGGGAGCUGUUCUGUAUGAGAUGCUGUAUGGGUUGCCUCCUUUUUACUGCCGAGAUGUUGCUGAAAUGUAUGACAAUAUUCUUCACAAGCCCCUAAACUUGAGACCAGGAGUGAGUCUCACCGCCUGGUCCAUUCUGGAAGAACUCCUAGAAAAAAACAGACAAAAGCGACUUGGUGCCAAAGAAGACUUUCUUGAAAUCCAGAAUCAUCCUUUUUUUGAGUCACUCAGCUGGACUGACCUCGUACAGAAAAAGAUUCCACCUCCAUUUAACCCUAAUGUGGCUGGACCAGAUGAUAUCAGAAACUUUGAUGCCGUCUUCACUGAAGAAACGGUUCCCUAUUCUGUGUGUGUAUCUUCUGACUAUUCUAUAGUGAAUGCCAGUGUUCUGGAGGCAGAUGAUGCAUUUGUUGGUUUUUCUUACGCCCCUCCUUCAGAAGACUUAUUUUUGUGAACAAAUGUCAUUCAGAAACCAAUGAACAGCCUCUAGCUUGCAGAAGAAAUGGAAACACCUAUUUGUGUGAAUAUUUUCAACUAUGUAUAACAGUGCCUCAUUUUUAUAUGUAAUAGUGAAAACUAUGAAAUACGUAUUUUUCUGCUGUAUGCAAGAAAUAGGGCAUUUCAAAGAGCUAAGUUUUGAACUGAAAUUUGUAUUCUUGUUUAUUAAGCUUAUUUUUAAACAAAAAUUUGAAGCUAUUAUUNUUAGCAUUAACCUAUUUUUAAAAAUAACUUUUUGCUAUUGACUGUUUUUUUUCCUGUUAAGUUUACACUAACACAUCCAAGGUAGACUUUUAAUAGUCUGUUACAGUUAAGAUAAGAUGUAUUAAUAUCUUUAUAAUUCUAUGACUUUUUUAUCAUAGCAGAACUAUGCAAAUGGUACAGGAUGGUUUAUGAUGAGACCCUAUCUUCCCAUGAUAAUUCACUAUUUGCUUAGUAGGAUUGAAAUGCAAGGGUAGAUGAAACACACUGGCUGCUAGUGGGCGACUGCAGCCACUCACUUGCAGCCCCAGAAGAAAAGGAAAAAGCAGGCAUUUGCUUUGAAAUACUCAGUUCCCAUCCAUGCACCAUUGUUUUCUCCAGAGGAAAAGAAAAUAUUUAAUGGACAGAAUUUUUUAGAAUUCCCAACGAACUGAGAAGUGUAAUAAAAUGCUACCAGAUGUUUUUUAAGGUGGUGCCCACCAUAAUGUCUCUGUCACAUAUUUAUAUUACAAAUGUUUUCUAUUUAUGUUCCUUUUGACUCUGAAGGGUUAGUGUAUUGUUGAGCAGUCUAAACCUUGGUGUCUGUUUUUGCAAAUAGCUAUUUAAAAACUGCCUUCCUAAUUGAUCAUGUUUUUAAAAUGACAGAAAAAAAGUAGCCUUCUAUAAUGUUUACGUAGUUGUGAAUUAAAUAAUAAAAUGGCAAGUCUGGGUCAGUGUGAAUGUGUGUCACCUACACAUUCUAACAGAAGGUAACAAUAAGUUAGCAGUGACAUAUUCAGUAUUACUCACUUUGUAGUGCCAGGGAUCAGACAUGCACAAGGCCUCAUGAAUUCUAAUAGUUCUCCCUAUCUCUGAAGUA